UGUUUAUAUACUUUUUUUUGUCCUCAGUGAGGCUGCUGGAGCCACAGAUGGUUAUCAUUAAGCCACGGGGGAAGGUCGUUUUUAGAGAUGUCUUCUGUGGAGCGUACUUCACCUUUGCUGUGUCUAAAGAGGGGCACGUCUAUGGAUUUGGCCUUUCCAAUUACCACCAGCUUGGCACCCAAAGCACAAACACCUGCUUUGUUCCUGUGAAACUCAGUUCUUUCAAGAACUCCACCACCUCUUGGGUGGGUUUCUCUGGGGGGCAGCAUCACACACUGUGCCUGAAUUCAGAAGGACAAGUGUGCAGUCUUGGUCGGGCGGAGUAUGGCCGUCUGGGCCUGGGGAAGGAUGCGGGGGAGAAGAGUGAGCCCACACCUGUUACCGGGAUCAGUGACGUUCAGAUAGUUGCCUGUGGUGCCUCUGUGAGCUACGCUGUCACUAAACAAGGCUCUGUGUUUUCCUGGGGCAUGGGCACCAAUCUGCAGCUGGGUACAGGAGAGGAGGAGGAUGAAUGGAGCCCAGUGGAGAUGACGGGCAAGCAGCUGGAGAACCGUGUAGUUCUAUCAGUGUCCAGUGGAGGGCAGCACACGGUCCUGCUGGUCAAAGACAAGCAGGAGAGCUGAUCUUUAACUCCUUGACUAAAGACAGCUGAGCCAAACUACUGUAUCAGUGGUAUCUGUAACCUAUAGCUUGAUCAUGAUCGGGGUGUCUGGGGUUGGGAAUGCUUCCUGUGCUGAGCUAAGCCAGCGAAUGAGGGAGAGGGUAGGAUGAGAAUCAUCUAAUUAAACCUUUUAUCCCGCUUUAGGGGGAGCCCAAACAUUCACUGGAUACGGUCCGGUAGAUGAUCGAAGAUCUUUUUUUAUGGACUUUGUUUCUUUUUCUUUGCUUUGUCUUAUUUUUAACAAAGAUCUUUAGUAUGCUUCCUGGAGACCGCCUGUCGUGAGUGAUUGUAUGCAUGUAUGAGCUGAAAGGUGAUUUAAUAAGUCUUUUAGAUAAGUCCUGGAAAACUUUUUUUUUUAAUUCCACAUUUUGGUCUGAGCAAUAAAAGGUUUAUGAUAGCAGGUCUAAUCUAUAUCACUCACACA